GAGCGAAGAGCUCAUUCACGCUCGAGCUCGCGCGCUCAUGCUCGUGCUCAGGCUCAUGCCAGGUCAGGUUCUCUCUCUCUCUCUCUCUCUCUCUCGACAUCACUUCAUCUCAAGGCGCUACUUGAUGACUUCACGAAUGAUGAAGAGCAGCAGCAGCAGCAGGAGCAGCAACAACAACAACAACCUAUCAUCAGAAGAACGAGAAGAAGACUCGUACAAUACUCAUGGUCUGAUGUUACAGUACAGCGAAGAGUGGACGAUUACGGCAGGUACACUGCUGCAUGUCCUGUCCGGCGUAGAUACCGUAUCAAAAGGGCGAGUAUUUACUUUUCGUCGUCCGCCAUAACCUCGGCUCCGGCCGGACCGAGUCCGGAGCAGAAUAGAGACAAUGUUCGGAGAGUCUGAUUGCGGUUCUCGCUCAUGACUCUAGGCUAUUACGAGCACUCAGGGCCUCAGGGCACUAAGCGGCAUUAAUACCACGCCCGAGCUCAGAUCCUUUCCGGGUGUCCCCAUUUCUCAGACAGGACUUCAAUGGUUCCCCCUAGGUUUACCAAACUCCUAAUCCUUCCCCAGUGCCCGGGGGCUUACUCUGGUUCGGCCACUGACCGGGCCUUGCAUGAUCGGUCGUUUCCUUGUCCAUCAAUGCCUCGAUCCGGAUUUCCAGACCCGAACCUGGUGGAUGAGGACAGCGAGGAGUAACCAACACGGCAUUACGUUCGCGUCAGACGGAUGGAUCGAUGGAUCUGGACAGUCAUGCAGGCACUGGCGAUGCUAGACGCGACUACCACAGAAUCUUGGAGGGCAAUUCUCGUUGCGCCCACACCAUGCUGCUGCCUGCAGUUAGGUACUGUAACGGACGAGGGGUUGUUGUUGCCUCACGCCGAGGGCGAAAGCUAGGUUUAGAGUGUUGCGAUCGAGUCUGAGCUCCGCAGUUCUCUCUCGAGGCGAUCGCUAGAUCUGCUCUCAGAUUUGGCCGAAUAGGGGCCCGAUGAUCACAAGGUGAUGAGCGCUCGCAUAUCAGAGCUUCGGCCGAAAGCCCCACAUUAACCAGCGAAUCUCGUCCAGACGUCAGCAUCAUGGCUCCGAUGGUACUUGCACCCUUGGAUGAUGCGCUGGGGUAAUUACUGUAGUCGGUGCACAUAAGCCAACCCUUGCGCAGUGCCCCUCGCCAAGGCCAUCAACCGAGCUUUUGUUUGCUCUCUCCCUCGCUCAUGCAUCUUCCGUCUCGGCAGUCCGAAUAAAGAGAAGAAUUCUGAG